AUGAAUAUCAACAUGUCGAAUAACUGGACCAAACUCCGAAGAUAUCUCGCUGGCAAACCAUCUAAAACCGGAAUGGAGGCAGAAACUCUGCCCACCCGAAAAACGCCAAUUGAAUGUACUCUUGGUAAGAUGAUGAUUAGGAUGAACGCAGAAACAGGAGGUCUCGAGUACAUGGGAGAGAUAAAUCAAGGAGAAUAUAUCAAGCUAGACCACUCAGAUUUAAAAAAUAUUAAGGAUCGAAUGGAGGAAUUGGAACAAGAAAAUAGAUUAUUGAAAUUAAAGAACGAGAUUUUAUUAGAUUUACUCUCCUCGACCACUCUAGAUGCAAAAUACAUGGAACAAACGUUAUUAAAGAUAAAGAAUGAAGGAAUCCCGAAACAAUCCGAUAAACAAGUCUCAGAGGAAAAGAAUAAAACGAAAAAAGAAAAGAAAAAGGUACAAGAAACAAAACAAGAAGUAAGCGACAUUAAGAAGGUUGCUUCUCGUCGAAAACAAUCUGUAGACAAACAACCCGUCUUGGUGGAGCAAUAA